UAGUAACCUGGUCGAAACCAAAGAAGUGUAAGGUCGUCAAGAUUAUCAUUCAUUACCGAACUAUGCUGCUACAAAGAGACAAAACAUAUAGACGAUUUAUUGGCAGGUUUCCGAUUUCCUAGAAUUGGAAAUUAGACAACUAUCCAGGCGCCAUUUUCCCAAACGUCUCCAAAGGUUCCACAAAUAGCAUAUAUAGAGCAGCUAGAGCACCUCACUGGAUUUGUUGGUUUUCUAUUAUGGCUGGUUUACACAAGGAGGUCAACCAAUUUAUUCACAGGCCAAACCGAUCAUACAGACUUACUUGAUGCGAUUUCGGAAAGUGAUGGAUGCAUCUGUGACGUUCUCAAUUAAUCAGGAGUGUGUCAGUAUUUGACCAACUCAACGUGUAUCAUGCUGAACAUUUCCGGAGAUACACCCCUACCAUCAUCGGAAAUUUUCCGUAAGCGGAUAUUCUCAGAAUGGAAGAUUGUGUUUCUCUCGGUCGUUCUUAUGAUGACUUUUAUGACGUUUAUUGGAAACAUAUUUGUUAUUACGUCCGUUCGACUUGAGCGUCGGCUUCAAACUCCGACCAUCUAUUUGACACUGUCCCUAGCGGUUACCGACCUUCUAGUAUCGGUCCUUGUCAUGCCAUUAAGUCUCAUUAAUGUUGUAAGCCACAGCAUUGUUCUUAUUCCGUUCGUCUGUCACGUGUGGAUAAUCCUUGAUGUCAGUCUUUGUACCGUAUCCAUAUUCCACCUGCUGGUGAUCGCUGUCGACCGAUACCGUUCAUUGACUAACAUCAAUUAUCGAUGUAGAAGAUCUACUCGUAAGAUUGUUGCUAUGGUAGGUAUUUGCUGGAGUGUGGGUCUGGUGAUAGCCAUCCCACUUGUGGUUGGAGUUGUGACCCCAGCAUCACAGCUUAGCCGAAGAGAAAAAAGGCAUGAAUCGAAGAGGGAGAGACGAGCUGCACGAACUCUCGGAAUCAUCACGGGGACUUUCAUCAUACGCUGGCUACCAUUUUUCAUCGUUGCUUUGAUAUCACCACUGAUUAACAGCAAGGUCAAUGUUCCGGAAUCUGUUCAGAAUUUCGUUCUUUGGCUUGGUUAUCUAAACUGUCUUCUUAAUCCCAUUAUAUAUACCGUGUUUAAUCCUGAGUUCAGAAAAGCCUUCAGAAAAUUAUUAUUCUGCAGGUAUUGCAAAACCCGCAGAAUAAAUUAGUCCAAAAAUAUAUGUAUCCAAACAACAUAAAAUGUCAUAACCGGUCAGGAAUCAAGAUUAUUCGGUCAUGUUAAAGUUUAAGCAUGGGUCAUUUUGUAAAUAUACCCAAGAACCUUUUUUUAUUUCUAUUGUAUAGACUGUGAUGUGGUGUUGGUUACUUUGUAAUUAACUAUCAAUGUGACCGGCCGAUAUCAAAGAGUCUGCAGUGUCCUUGAUCCCAUGUUCGAUAUUGCAUAUCCCACCGACAUGGUCAAUACAAACA